AUGAUCAACAUCAACUCUAGCAGCAAUGACUCAGAUCAGCCAAACAAACCCUUGCUACAAAAAUCACCAGAACCCUCCGACGAGCUAUCCAACUUCCAAAUCAGCCUCAAAUGGUGCGCACUCGACCACUCCACCUCCCUCGGAAAGUUCAUCUCCUACUUCACCUUCAUCCUCCUGACCCUCGUCGUUCCUAUCCUAACUUCUCUCACACUUAAGCUUCCAUCCAAGGACCCCACCUCUUUCAACAAACUAGUCCAGCUCCCCGAAUCCGGUUUAGCUGCCAUUGCCUUCUUCACACUCUCCGCCUUCUUUCGGAACUACGGCCUCGGGCAGCUUCUCUUCCUCGAUGGCCUACAAGAGGAUACUUUCUCUGUCCGGAGGGGAUACACCCGCGAGGUCGAUAAGGCCUUCAAGUGCCUGGCAUGGAUACUCUUGCCUUCGUGCUUCCUUGAGCUCGCUCACAAGGUUAUAUUCUUCACCACCGUGAAAGUGUCACUUCCAUAUCUGAGUCCAAGUGUCCCACUGAAUUCCAUUGUGUUUGUCUUGGUUUUGGCUUCCUGGCUUUAUCGGACCGGGGUGUUCUUGCUGGUUUGUAUUCUCUUCCGGUUGACAUGUGAGCUCCAAAUACUAAGGUUCGAAGGACUGCACAAGUUCUUUGAAGGGUGUGAUUCCAAUUCUAAGGUCAUUUUUCAGGAACAUGUAAGGAUAAGAAAGCAGUUGUGGGUUACGAGCCAUAGGUACAGAUUUUUUAUCAUCGGGUGCUGGUUUACCAUCACCGUUAGCCAAUUUGCAGCCUUGUUGCUGGUUCUGGCAUCCAAGGCAGAGAAGACUUUUCUCAACUCCGGUGACCUUGUGGUUUGCUCGGCGGUGGAACUAAGUGGGUUGUUUUUGUGCUUAAUGGAGGCAGCAAGAAUGACACAUAGAGCUCAAGGAAUUGUUGCAAUUGCUACAAGAUGGCACAUGCUGUUAACUUGUUCAUCUGCUGCUGGGUUAGAUUCCGAUAAGCAGGGGAAAGGCCAGAGCCCUGAGGCUAAUGGAGGCUGCAAUGGAGAGAGUGACAAUGAUUCAUCCGAUAUUUCGACUUCUGUUUCCCCACAUGAACCUUCCUCGUUCCAAACCAGGCAAGCAUUAGUGACCUACUUGGGACACAACCAUGGAGGGAUCACGCUGUUUGGAUUUGCACUUGAUAGAGGAAUGCUUCACACAAUAUUCGCCUUUGAGUUCUCUCUAGUGCUGUGGGUACUAAGUAAAGUAGUUGUUUUGUCUUAG